AUGGUCUCUAAAAACGAGGGGAAUGGCAGCACCGCCGAGGCGGCGGUCACCGAAGGGCUGAUGUCGACGGUGGUUCCCGGCCAGAUGACCGGCCACGGGAGGGUCCUGCAGCUGACCAACCUGGACCUGGCCCUGAAGUUGCACUACCUCCGAAUGGUUUACUGCUUCCCCGCCCCCCCGGCCGGCAGCGGAGACGGCGGAGGAGCGGCGAUCACGGCGAUGGAGCUGAAGAACCCCAUGUUCCGGCUGAUGGAGCCCUACUUCCCCGCCUGCGGGAGGAUCCGCCGCUCCAGCUCCGGCAGGCCCGUCCUCAAGUGCAACGACGGCGGCGUCAGAUUCGUCGAGGCCCGCUGCGGGGUGUCCCUCGCCGACUGGCUGGAGAAGAAGAAGCCCUCUCCUCACCCCCCCCUCUCCCCGGAGAAGGUCCUCGGCCCCGACUUGAGCUUCUCCCCCCCGGUCGCCGUUCAGGUGUGUGGGUGUGUGUGGGUGUGUGUGGGUGUGUGUGUGUGUGUGUGUGUGUGUGUGUGUAAGAGAGAGAGAGAGAGAGAGAGAGAGAUGAUUGAUUAUAUGUUAUUCGAUCGCAUAUGAUUGAUUAUAUGUUAUGCUUACAUGAAUGCCUGUAGUACGACUCAUGAUUUCUGUCUCUCUGUUUGCAGUUCACUCGGUUCAAGUGUGGGGGGCUGGCCGUCGGCUUCAGCUGGUCUCACGUCCUCGGCGACGCCGUCUCGGCUGCGAUAUUCGCUGGCAACUGUUUCCGGGCGAUCAACGGCGACCCGCCGCCCCAACCCCGCCAGCUCCACAAGUCCCCGGCGAGGAUCGAGCUGCCGGGCGCAGUGGCGCCUCUCUCGGACCGGCAGACCAACAACAUGGAAGACAAGACGGUUACGACGGGGGAGCCCAAGAAGAAGCCCUUCUCGGCGGCGGCGACACCGCUCUCGGUGAGGGCAGUGGACACGGUCAACGGGUGCUGGCUUCCCGCCGGCGAGGUGAAGAUGGAGAGUCUCUCCCUGGAGAUCAGCGGAGACCAGGUGGAGGUCCUCCGGGAGAAGACUCUGGCCCGGAGGUCCUUCGACGCCAUCGCCGCCGUCGUCUGGCGGAGCUUGGCCAGGAUCCGAGGAGCGAGCAGGGAGCCCAGGACGGUGACCAUCUGCAAGUCUGGCCACCAACUCUCCGGCAGGAGCUGGCUCCUCGGCAACGACCAGGCCGUCGGCGUCGUGCGGGCGGCGGAGCUCUCGCCAGCCGCCGCCGACCUCUCGGAGCUGGCGAAGCUGCUCGCUGGAGGAUUCUCCGACGAGACGCCGGCGAUCGAGGCGUUCGCCGAGGCCGAGUCCGGCGGGCUGCCGGAUCUGAUCCUCUAUGGGGCGAACCUCUCCUUUGUGGACCUCGAGGACCUGCCGGUCUACGACGUGGCCGUCAGAGGCCAGCGUCCGGUCUUCGUCAACUUCACCAUCGAAGGCGUGGGCGGCGAGGGCUCCGUCUUGGUCUUGCGUGGCGGGGGAUCCGACGGCGGCGGACGGACGGUCAACGCCGUUCUCCCCCGCGGCGAGGCGGCGGCGCUGAUGAGGGAGCUGCGCACAGCCUGCGGCGGCCUUUCCUGA